AUGAGUUCUAAAUACAUAAAGAAAGCUAAUGAUAAUAAAAGAACCAAAAAGGAUGUGAAUGCUGACGAGGGAAGAAAGGGUGGAAACAAUUUAAAUCUGAAUAUUAAUUUGGAGAAAGAGACAGUGUCGGAACAAGAUGAAUUUGAAGACAAGGAACAGAACAGUUCUAGUGAUGCAUCGGCAGACGUUAUAGAAAACGAACACAGUGGUACUGAAGAAGAAGGAGAAGAGGAUGACGACUUUCCUAGAAAAAAGAAAUCAAAGAACAGCAAGCAUGAUGAUGGCUCUGCCGGUUUCUCUACUGCGGUAAAUGCUAUAUUAUCAUCACAUUUGAAAGCAUACGACAGGAAAGACCCUAUUAUGGCUAGAAAUAAGAAGGCGCUGAAACAAAGUGAAUCGGAAAAACUAGAAUACAAGGCCAGAAAGGCAUUGUUAGCGGAAAAGAAAAAGCUGUUAGGCAAAGCCAGAAAACGGGACAUUAUUCCGGUUGCAUCUGGAGAAGACAGGUCCGAAAAUAUCAGAAAAGUAAUUGAGAAAGAGACAGCGCUCAGAAAGAUCGCUCAAAAGGGUGCUGUGAAAUUAUUCAAUGCUAUUUUAGCAACCCAAGUGAAAACAGAAAAGGAAGUUACUGAAAAUUUAAGUGGAAUAAAGAAUAAAGAAGAAAAGAAGGAAUUGAUCACGGAAGUUUCGAAAGAGAAAUUCCUGGAUUUGGUCAAAGCGGCUGCAGGGAGCGACAAUGAAUGA